AAAACGCACACACAUCCUCACUGAUGGUGUGCAGAACAAGGGGGACUUAAAAAAACCUGAAACUUAAACAUACAUCUUUUCCUUAAAAACCUAAAAAUCCACAACAAAAAAAAUCAUCAUGAGCUACGAGUCCUUCUUCUCUCACCGACGUCCUUGGGACAGCUACAUAGGCUCCCGACCUACCAUCAAAUCUUCCUCUCUGUACUCCUCUCCCCGAGCUCCCCCAUCUGGAAAAAGGAUCCUAAAGAUGCCCUCCUCUUCCUUGUCAGAUGGCCCUCAGAGGAUGCAUCUUGUUCAGGCAAGCUCCAUCAACACAGAGCUGCUUGAAAUGCGGUCCCAAGAGAGGGAGCAGCUUGUGGACCUGAAUGAUCGCUUCGCCACCUACAUCGAGAAGGUGAGGCACCUUGAGCUGCAGAAUCGAGCCCUGUUGGCCGAGUUGGAUGCAUUAAGGAGAAGGCAGAAUGAUCCAUCCCGGCUGCAGGGGGUCUAUGAGGGGGAAGCUCGGAGUCUGAGAGCCAUGAUCGACUCUGAGAACAACGAGAAGUUGCAGAUGGAGGCAGAGAGGGACUACCUGCGGGACGUGUACGAGCAGAUGAAGGAACGCUACGAAGAAGAGGCAAGGCGCCGUUUGAAUGCAGAGGAGGGCCUGCAGAGAGCCAGGGAGGAGGUGAGCAGGACCGUGCUCUACAACUGUGACACGGAGGCCACAGUGGUCUCUUUGUGUGACGAGAUAGUCUUCCUGAAGAAAGUCUUUGCAGAAGAACAAGCAGAGCUUCAGGCUCAGCUGCAGGUGGCUAACAUCAGCGUGGACGUGGAGUUGACCAGACCUGACCUCUCCACCGCCCUGCGUGACAUCCGGGUGCAGUACGAGCGGCUCGCCAACAAGAACAUGCAAGCCGCUGAGGACUGGUACAAGAGCAAGUUUGCGAGUGUGGCGGAGAUGGCCAGCAAGAACAACGAAGCUGUGCACGCCAUCCGGGAGGAGACUAUGGAGUACCGCAGGCUCCUUCAGUCCCGCUCCUCAGAGAUUGAAGCUCUGCGAAAUGUGAUCAACUCACUGAACAAGCAGCUGGAGGAUCUGGAGGACACACAGGCUAAAGAGGUGGAAAAAUACCAGGUGAGGAUAAGUGAGCUGGAGCAGGACAUUACUGAAGCGAAGCAGGAGAUGGCUCGCUACCUGAGAGAUUACCAAGACCUUCUGAAUGUGAAGAUGGCCCUUGACAUUGAAAUAGCUGCAUACAGGAAACUCUUGGAGGGGGAGGAGAUUCGGUUGACCUACCCUUCCCUCGCAGCUAUAAAUUAAUCCUGGAUGUCGUCAGCGUAGCGCGAUACCUAUUUCUUCAAACCCUGUUGAUCUCUUCCUUAAAAUGUUCUUCCCCACCUUUAUUUACUCUCUUUGCUCUCCCCUGACAUUUCUUCUAAUGUCCUUCUCUCCAAAACACCCAUUCAUCAACUCUCCCAAGAAACAGACCAAACUCUGAAACUCAUCUCUCUCAAGACAGCAGUGCCCUUGUGCUUAACAAGAGGUCCAUAAGAAGUCCCCCUUCUUCUACACACGUUCUGACACCACACAUCAUGAAGACAGUAACCUGUUCAAGGCAGAGUUGGUGCUCUGCAUUAGUUAUGUAACGAUGGCAGGUGGCUGUAUCAUUUUGGUUGAGUUUCUCUCUGUGGAUCAUGCUAAGAUCCAAGCAGCUGAGUUAGCCGCUGAACGUUCUCGAUGCCUCUGUAUCCAAACAUUUGACCAACUGUUUGUGAAGGAGGAGGAAAGAAUUCCAGUUGUCUCUCAAUGUUUGGGUCUUAUCUAUCUUUUCACCUGGAACUCAACCAAUAAGUCAAACAAUGCCAUGCACCUGGUUCUGCAGUAAUAAUGUAGAUCCGGUAAACUUAAAACAUUUCUUAAGCCAAUGGUGAUCAACCAUUUAUGUUCAAUGAUAUGGCAGGACUUAGGCAAAUCUUUUUAUUAAUGCUAAUUGGCUCUUUGGCUUUCAAAUAAACUACCAGUCUUCAAGACCCAUAAAUUCUAAGAAAUUCUGAGGCUUUUCCCUGUAGGAUUUAUUUGUCUCAUUGACGUUUGGGCCAAAUAUGCUCUACAAAGUCAUUCAAAGAUAAAAAUAUCAGCCUGACCAAUCUCUCUACAGGAGCUUUGUGACUGUCAGUUGAUUUUGGAUCUAAUUAGUACUUUACACCUGUGAAACCUGUACAAAGUUGGCACCAUUAAGCGGUGCCCUUGUAACAACCAACAACCAGUUAAAUAAACACAUAACUGACCUGCUACAGUGUAU